AUGUCCGUCAUGGAGGCCACCGCUACACAACGAGGCAGCUGCGACGCUGCAACCCAGCUCGUCAAAAGGGAGGAGGGAGAUGAAAAGCAAUCUGCGUUGCUUUUGGGCAGCCAAAGCUCGCCUGCGCCCUGCAGCGAUCCUGCAUGCGGAGGAGGAGGAGGAGGAGGAAGAGGAUUGACGGAUCACACUGCAGAGGAGAUGGGGGGGCUAUCGGCACGCCACGCAGCUACCACUGCAACUACUGAUGCACAACUAUCCUCAUUGAUGUCAUCUGCUCCUCCCCUCGGUUUUGAUUUCUCCUCCAAGGCCGUUUUGUGUCUGAUUGAUGCGGUCGGCCGCCGCUGGGGCCUGUAUGAAACCCGGGAGCGCUCACAGCUCUUCCAGAGUGUCCAGGAGGAGUUGGCCGCCAAGGGGCACUUCCUUCCUGUUGAAAGGAUCCGCCGCAAGUGGAACAACCUGAUUGUCACCUACAAAAGGGUCAAAGACCGCAGUCGAGUGACGGGACAUGCCAAAACAUCCUGGGAGUUCUUCGAUCUGAUGGAUGCCACACUCUGUCACACUGUGGGCUCUUACAACAGCAGCCACAAACGCGGUAAAGGCAGCGGAGCCAUUAUCGCGCAAGCCUCGGCAAAGGUCGCACCAAGACUACAAGUCCCGUCACCUACCACCAUCCUCCGUCCUAAUGGGAACUUCCCCACGUCGGUUCAAGUAGAAUCAGGGGUCAAGGGUCAGGCUGCAGGCUGUAGUAGCACUGAUGCCAUUGCAUCAAUAUCAGCCGUUCGGCAAACAGAAAGUCCGGACCUCAAACCCCUGAUAGUGCUUAACAGGGACAUUGUUACAUCCAACCUUCACCUGGCCUCCACUGAUCCAACGCAAUCAUUUAUCUCCUCGCCUUGCUUUACACAAACUGGACCCCGUUCUCUUGUGCCCUCCAUCAACACAGACCUGAACGCCUCCCGCAAAGCCGCAGCCUUCCCAACAGAUGUUAUAUGCUUCCGCCCUAGCAAUAACCAAAACCUCGCUUCCAAUUUCCCCUCCGCAUGCUCGCCUCUUUCAUCCUCUGUUUCCACCUCAGCCAUAUCAGGACUUGAAGGCCACAAGGGAAAUGAGGAACACCGCGGCUCCUCCUUCUACCAGGAGAUAUUAAAGCGUAGGGAGGAGCAGAUUGACCUUGAUGGCGUUGCCCGUAGCCGGAUGGAAGCUAGAGAAAGGCGGCGUGAGAGGAGAGAGGUGCGGAUGGGGAAGACCCUGUGCAGGAUUGCCACAGCCCUGGAACUGCUCUCCUCCAAACAGGACACUGUCAUUGCCUUACUACAGAGGCUGGCUGAUAGAAAAUGAAGAAAGAAGGCCUCAUGUUAAAUACUGAAAUUAGUUAGCCAUGAUAUUUCCUUCUGCUCACAAAUUUUUCCACCCUACCUCUCCACAAGAUUUGAAUGUGACCACAGAGAUUAGCCAUCCAUUAAUCUACGUGAUAUUGUAUAGUUUAAGUGAUGUUUGCUGAACACACGCACAAACAUAUUUUCCUACAUUUGGUUGGGAGAUUUUGUUACAGUACCAUGAAACAUAAUGGGGGUGUUUUUCCUUCGCUGGAACUGGGGCCUUAGACAAGGUGGAUGGCAUUAAGAACCGUACACAAGAGCUGUCAGCGACAGCGCAAAACCGUCACCCCUCUGCUAGAAAGCAAAAUUUUCAGGAAAAGACAACUCAAACAUCUGAAAUGUAUUUCCGGUUAAAAGCACUUUAAAUGACAACAGGUGUGUGGUGACUUCUAUUUAACACAAGUUUUAAUUUAAUUAAUUCUGAACACAGGCCAUCCCUAGUUAUGAGGAUGUGCACACUUGUGCAACUACAUUAUUUAAAUUAUCUUUAUAUUCUUGCUCUCUCGCAAUAGACUUUUUUUCCCCAACUGAUGUGUACAAGUUAUAGAUCACAUUGAUGGUGAAAAAUAUUUUUGAAAUUUUUCUUGGUCUCAUUUUUUUAUAUCAACAAAUUCAAACAAUGUAACAACAUUGUGUUGACAUAUAGUAGUUAUAAAAAAAACAAAAAAACAAACCAACUGUUUGGGCAACUGUGUGCUGUAUAUAUUAUCAGUAAUAACGGGCAUCUGAGAGAAACUAUAAUUAUGAUGUUCACUGUGACAAAAAUGAUUUUGACGCCACCAAUGUAUCAGUGAAACUAUGAUCCUGUCUAAUUAAAUGAACUUCGACAUGUUUACUAAACAUUCCUACGAUAUUGUUCUUCAUAAUUGCAAGUCAUUUUGUAACAUUUUUUGUUGUUGUUCUCAAGCCAAAUCAGCCCAACCUAAUGAUAUAAAUUGCAAAACUACCAGUACCUUAGAGUGUUAAAUAAAGUUUGCGGUC